AUCCAUUGUUUUGAAUGACGGUAAUAAUCACAUGCGACUAAAGGGCCGAUUUAUGUAGGCGAAUUAGGAUUCUUGAGUUAUUACAACUCACUGUGGACACAACUGAACAAGAUCGUUAGGAGUUCAAGAUGAACUUGUUCAAAGCUCUUUACAUGGUUGUACUGUUUGGUUUAACAAGUCUUAAUGUACUCGCAGAAGGCAAUGGCGCUUGGUGGAACCUUGGUGUAAGUGGCUCAUCGAAGCCUCAGGAUAACUAUAAUUUCCAACUCUCUCCUGCUAACGGAGUGAAGCCCGUCACGCCAAAACAGCAACGUUUAUGUCGGAAAUAUCCUGAGUUGGUUCCAUACAUUGGACUCGGAGCAAAAUUUUCCAUCAGUCAAUGUCAAUUCCAGUUUAAAAACCGAAAAUGGAAUUGUUCAGCUCACAGUCCUGAAAAUGUUUUUGGGAAAAUAGUGAAAAUAGCUUGUAGGGAAACAGCAUUCACCUACUCCAUAACAGCCGCUGGUGUGUCGCACGCCAUUGCUAGGGCUUGUAGCGACGGCAAGCUGUCGGCGUGCGGAUGUGACAGCCGGUACAAGGGCGUCAGUAACGAAGGAUGGCAGUGGGGAGUCAAGCACAGAAGUAAAUAUGCUACUUUCUGCUACUUUCUGCGCGUUCUUACAAGCGCUAAAAGCUUGGAGUUCAAGAUGAACUUGUUCAAAGCUCUUUACAUGGUUGUACUGUUUGGUUUAACAAGUCUUAAUGUACUCGCAGAAGGCAAUGGCGCUUGGUGGAACCUUGGUGUAAGUGGCUCAUCGAAGCCUCAGGAUAACUAUAAUUUCCAACUCUCUCCUGCUAACGGAGUGAAGCCCGUCACGCCAAAACAGCAACGUUUAUGUCGGAAAUAUCCUGAGUUGGUUCCAUACAUUGGACUCGGAGCAAAAUUUUCCAUCAGUCAAUGUCAAUUCCAGUUUAAAAACCGAAAAUGGAAUUGUUCAGCUCACAGUCCUGAAAAUGUUUUUGGGAAAAUAGUGAAAAUAGCUUGUAGGGAAACAGCAUUCACCUACUCCAUAACAGCCGCUGGUGUGUCGCACGCCAUUGCUAGGGCUUGUAGCGACGGCAAGCUGUCGGCGUGCGGAUGUGACAGCCGGUACAAGGGCGUCAGUAACGAAGGAUGGCAGUGGGGAGGUUGCAGUGACAACGUGCAUUUCGCCGACCAGUUCUCGAGGAAGUUCGUAGACGCAGGAGAAAAAGGCCGUGAUUUUCGUACUUUGGUUAAUUUACACAACAACGAGGCAGGAAGAACUGCUGUUAGAGAGAACGUGGUGAGAGAGUGCAAGUGUCACGGAGUGUCGGAAGCUUGCACUGUGCGCACCUGUUGGAAACGAUUGGCGGACUUCAGACGAAUUGGGGAAGUUCUUAAAGGUAAAUUCGACAGCGCCUCACUGGUGGAGUUUGAACAAAACAACAAUCGAAAUGGCCACAAUGCAAGGAAAGGAAAACCAGCUUUUCGUCCGAGGAAUAAACUUCACAAGCCCCCUACUGAGGCGGACUUGGUAUACUACGAAGAAUCACCGGAUUUUUGCGAGCGAAAUCUCGAAACAGGAUCCCUUGGGACAAAGGGACGUCUUUGCAAUAACACAUCCAUCGGAACGGACGGGUGUGAUUUAAUGUGCUGCGAGAGAGGUUUUACGACCAGUGAAAGUGAAAUGGAAGAACUCUGCAAUUGCCGUUUCUUUUGGUGCUGUAAAGUAAAAUGCCAGAAUUGUCGAUCAAGGCACAUUGUUCACAGGUGUAAGUAAUGUCAGAAAAAUUGAUGUCAAGAUAUCAACUCUCUCACUCCCAGAACCAAACCUCGAGUUCACAAGUGGUCCUAACUUCAAAAGCUUUAGAUGAAACCCUUAUGUGUGACCAUUCAAAUGAAAGCUAUUGAGCAGUACUUUCAUGUGGGACUGUUUAUUAU